CAGCCUUAAAGAUAAAUUAACUUCCCUCCCAGUUUAGUCUCCCCACAUGUGGCUCAGUUAAAUCGUAUCUGCACUGUGACGGCUGUAUAAAUCGGUCCACUCAGUCUAUCUCACCUUUACCUGCGAGUGACAUUUCGAUCCUGGUAAUCUAUCUAAAUCUGGGCAUCGAUCAGCUCCCUUAGGCAGCCUCGGUGUUAUCUGGAGUUCAGUAGGAGGCCGUUUUUGGCUCCAGUUCAUCCUCCAGUCUGCCUCUCUAAGCGCUGCGCAGUCAUACGGCAGCAGCGGCUCUACGCGCGGGGACACCCGGGUGAAAGAAGAGGCUGCUCGGGGUGAAGAAUCCAGAGUGGAGCUUCCUGCUGGGCGAUGUGUCAUCAGGUGAAGGUGUUACACCGUUAGCCGUCCCUCACAGAUAAAAGACUUGGAUGUUGCUGCCAUACGCCAGACUUGCAUACGAAGCAGACCACAAACUCAGCUCAGCAAAGACCUCCUCAGCUUCCUGCCCUCCAACUGAUGAAACUCGCCGAGCUCCAUCACAGUGUUUUGAACUAGAUCCCAUCUUCAUCCUGCUGCACCUUCCUCAUCCUCUCACAGGACUGACUCUACCGUCAGUAAGGUUCGUUCACAAAUGUCGACCUCACGGUUAAAAGUCCCCUCUCCAACACCAAGACCCUAAACAGGAUUCAAAAUGACCUCCAGCAUCGAUCGGGAUGACAGCAGCAUCUAUGAUGGGUUUAAUGAUGAGGAUGACAAAGACAAGGCAAAACGUGUGUCCCGCAACAAGUUGGAAAAGAAGCGCAGAGACCAGUUCAAUGGCCUCAUCAAGGAGCUUAGCACCAUGCUGCCGGGGAACACCAGAAAGAUGGACAAGUCCACUAUUCUGCAGAAGAGCAUCGACUACCUGCACAAACACAAAGAAAUCGCUGCUCAGUCAGAGUCGACGGAGAUCCGACAGGACUGGAAGCCUAGUUUUCUCAGUAAUGAAGAGUUCACACAGCUGAUGUUGGAGGCGUUGGAUGGAUUUUUUCUUGCAAUCAUGACUGAUGGGAACAUAAUCUACGCCUCUGAGAGUGUGACGUGUCUGCUGGAACACUUACCUUCUGAUCUCGUGGAUCAGAACCUCUUGAACUUCUUGCCCAAAGGAGAACAUUCAGACGUCUACAAAGCUCUGUCGUCUCAUAUCCUCGAGGGAGAGACUCUGACGCCGGAUUAUCUGAAAACUAAGAAUCAGCUGGAGUUCUGUUGCCACAUGCUCCGCGGGACGAUCGUCCCCAACGAGCCUCCUGUGUACGAAUACGUGAAGUUCAUCGGAAACUUUAAGUCUCUGAAUAACGUGCCUAACUGUAACAGAAACAGCUUCGACGGGGUGAUCCAGCGGUCGCUUCACUCUGCCUUCGAGGACAGAGUUUGUCUCAUAGCCACCGUGAGGCUUGCCAAACCUCAGUUUAUCAAGGAGAUGUGCACUGUAGACGAGCCCAACGAGGAGUUCACCUCCAGGCACAGCUUAGAGUGGAAGUUCCUCUUUCUGGACCACAGAGCGCCCCCCAUCAUUGGUUACCUCCCGUUUGAGGUUCUGGGUACAUCAGGGUACGAUUACUACCACGUGGACGACCUGGAGACUCUGGCCAAAUGUCACGAACACUUAAUGCAGUACGGGAAAGGAAAGUCCUGCUACUACAGGUUCCUCACCAAAGGGCAGCAGUGGAUUUGGCUUCAGACGCAUUACUACAUCACGUAUCAUCAGUGGAACUCCAGACCCGAGUUCAUCGUCUGCACACACACCGUGGUCAGUUACGCUGAAGUCCGAGCCGAGCAGCGAGGAGAGCUCAUGAUUGAAGACACUCCAGCUGACAUCACAGCAGACAAGCAGUCUCAGGACUCGGGCUCAGAGUCUCAGGAAAACCCUCCCAGCCUGAAGGAGGCGCUGGAGCGCUUCAACCACAGCCGGACUCCAUCUGUCUCGUCCCGCAGCUCACGCAAAUCCUCGCACACCGCCAUGUCCGACCCAGCGUUAUCUCAGAUGAAGCUGCAGGGCGAUCGGAGCACGCCGGGCCGACAGUCUGUCUCCGCCAUGGAUGUGACGUCACAGCGCAGAUCGUCUAUCAGCAGUCAGCAUUCGAUGAGCUCCCAGAACACGGGACAGCACAUGGCUCCACCCAUGGUUUCACAACAAAAACAACAACAACCAAUGCAGCAGCAGCAGCAGCAGCAACAACCACAACAACAACCACAACAACAACCACAACAACAGCAGCAGCAGCAGCAGCAGCAACAGCAGCAGCUAGUUCCAACAAAUAACCAGUCUCUGGUGCAGUUCUCCAGUCAGAUCGAAGCCAUGCAGAACCUGAAGGAUCAGCUGGAGCAGAGGACCAGACAGAUCGAGGCCAACAUCCAAAGACAGCAGGACGAGCUGCAGCAGAUCCAGGACGAGCUGCAGAGGGUGCAGGGAACGGGCCUGCAGAUGUUCCUGCAGAAAGGAGCCACAGGACUCAACGUCAGCUCCGUUCAGAUGACUCAGGGGAACUCGGUGCAGCAGGGGGCAACUCUCAGCAUGCAGGGUCAAGUGGUCUCUGCAGGAUCUCUGCAGAACAGCAUACAGCAGCAGCAUGGAGUCCAAACUCAGACCCAGGUCCAGACUAAAACUCUGAUACGGGAUCAGAACUCUGUACUAACACAGUCUCAGCGGUCCUCCGUCACUCUGCAGCAUCAGCAGAGUCCUCUUCCUGCGUCUCUCUACAACACCAUGAUGAUCCCUCAGCAGAACCAGACUAAUGUGGUCCAGAUUGCAACAAGUCUGGCUCAGAAUCCUGGAGCCAACUCUCCUGCUGUGGCUACGUUUGCACAGGACCGAGGAGCUCAGAUCAGGUUCCCUGCGGCCCCUCAGCUGCUCACUAAACUGAUGACGGGUCAGAUGACGUGUGGUGCUGUCAUGGUCCCCACCACCAUGAUUAUGGGCCAGGUGGUGACUGCCUUUGGUCCUCAGCAGGGUCAGACUCAGACCAUCAGGAUCGCCCAGCAGCCUCAGCAGCAGCAGCAGGAGCAGCAGGUCCAGACGCAGUCCCAGGUCACAGCCAUGCAGACCGGACAGACUCCUCUGGCCCCGCAGCAGACGCAGUUCCUGCAGGCUCCUCGGCUCCUUCAUGGGAAUCAGUCCACUCAGUUGAUCCUGCAGGCCGUCUCUCUGCAGCAGCAGGGCACCUUCACCGCUACGAACCAACAACAGCAGCAACAACAGUUACAACAACAUCAACAACAGCAGCAACAACUACAGCAACAACAUCAACAACAACAGCAACAAUUACAGCAGCAACAGUUACAGCAGCAGCAACAGUUGCAGCAGCAGCAGCAGUUGCAGCAACAGCAGCAGCAAAAGCAGCAGAAGCAGGCGCUGACUCCUCACAGGACGGACGGGUUGUCUGACCGCUCGGCUGCUCAGCCUCAGUGACCGAUGAACACUUUUAAAGGUGGAGAGAGACGGAGCGGAGUGACGGGGGUCUGAAGGGUGGAGUCCUGCUCACAGAGCAGUGACCUCUGACCUCCCCUCCCCUCCCCCCUCACAUGGAUGUUUUGCUGUUUGCACUAAAACUCCCAAGCACAGAGAACUGCAGAGGAGCGUGAACCAGGUCCCUCAUGGGUCCAGGUCAAAGCCUUUCCUAAGAGGAAUCAGGGGGCCACGUUGGACCCCCUCUAAACCCCUGUGUGUGUUCAGUGUGAGUUCAGUGUGUGUGUGCUGUAGUCCCCUCACAGGCUUCACGGACAUGCUGCCAAGCAGCUAGAAGCUUGUUUUUAUGAGAAUGUGCUGUAGAUGAUCUCCUCCUGUACAGAACAUGAUGUGUAAUAUAUCCUGUAAAUACCAUGAAAAGAGAAACUAAUAUUUUAUAUGAUGCAUGAGAUGAACCGUGUAUUGUUUUUUUGCAGCUUUGCUUUUUUCCUCUGAGAAAAAAAAAAGGGUCUUAACGCUCAGUGGAUGUUUUCACACACACUCAGUCUCCUGUGGGAUGUUUGUGAGUCUGCUUAGCAGACGAUGUCGAUGCUGCUUGUCGUGUCACAGUUUGUGAAAUCCUUGAACCACAGAGUUUCGUACGGUUAUUAAAGUGAGAGGUUUGUUUUGCUCUGUAGAAAGGCUGGAUUCACCUGGAUGCAGGUUUAAAUGUGAAGAAAGGUUCAGCUACAUGUAUGCAGACGUAAGAUUUGCACUCCUGCUGAGAUGUCAGCCUGUUUGGUGACUGAAGAGGCUUCAUUCAAUCUAUAAACACUUUUAAAAUCAAACCCA